AUGGACGGCAGCAAACCCCUGAAGGUCCGGCUGACGUUCUCCGUGAUCCUGGUGGGCAUCUCGCUGCUCUUCGCCGCCGUGGUCACCGACCACUGGGCCGUGCUCAGCCCCAAGGUGGAGGAGUACAAUGCCACCUGCGAGGCGGCUCACUUCGGGCUCUGGAGGCUCUGCAUCAAGAGGAUUUACGUGCAGGAGCAAGGUGCCAAAGACAAGGGCUGUGGGCCCAUCAGCCUGCCAGGAGUCCACAACUGCUCCUACUUCAAGCACUUCACUCCAGGAGAGACCUCAGAGAUAUUUGAAGUCACUACCCAGAGAGAAUACAGCAUCUCAGCUGCAGCCAUUGCCAUCUUCAGCGUGGGCUUUGCCAUCAUCGGAACAGUCUGUGUCCUCCUGUCCUUUGGGAAGAAGAGAGACUAUCUGCUGAAACCAGCAUCAAUGUUCUACACCUUCGCAGGUCUCUGCAUCAUCAUCUCUGUUGAAGUCAUGAGACAAUCUGUGAAGAGGAUGAUCGACAGCAAGGAGACAGUCUGGAUUGAGUACAGUUACUCCUGGUCCUUCGCCUGUGCCUGUGCCUCCUUCGUCCUGCUCUUCGUCUGUGGCAUUGCCCUGCUGCUCAUCGCUCUGCCUCGCUUCCCCCAGAACCCCUGGGAGACCUGCAUGGAUGCAGAACCAGAGAACUGACACCCC